GACCGGAGCCUUCUCGGAACCCCAUGGUGUCCCGUCCUAUUCAGAGGCAGCGGAGACGCGACGCUCCCGCUUCGAAAACUGGGAGGAGUUUCUGAGUCGCGGGGACCGGCCGCUCAAGGAGGCCGAGUAACCCUCGCUGCCACCACCAUGAACGCAUUCAAAGUCACCAAGUCCUGGAUGAAGUUCUCGGAGACAAGGACAACAUCAGACUCAACGGGUCAU